AACUCUCUCUCUCUGCGUUUCUCGUUCUCUACAGUAAGAGAAGGAAGUGGAAAUUAUGAAUGCCAACCACCAAAUGCAGUUUCAGGCAUCUUCAUCCUCGUUUACUCCUCACCCCCAGACUUUCAUACCCACUCCUCCUCACAUGCUCUUCCCUCAGCAAAACUACCAGCCGGAGGGGGGGCAGUAUCAAGUGGGGGAGAGCAUCAUGUCCCCUCGGAUUCAUUACAUACUCAUGCAAAAGCAACAUCUACGCUUGUUUUGGCAGCGCCGAAUGAUCGAAAUGGAACAAAUCUCUGAGUUCCGUCAACAUCAGCUCCCUCUUGCUAGGAUAAAAAAGAUCAUGAAGUCUGAUGACGACGUCAAGAUGAUUAGUGCUGAAACCCCGAUUCUUUUCGCCAAAGCCUGUGAGCUCUUCAUACUAGAACUGACAUUGAGGGCGUGGUUGCACACCGAGGAGUGCAAGCGGCGUACUUUACAAAGGAGUGACAUCGCUGGGGCCAUAAGGGCAGGGGAAGUCCUCGAUUUCCUUGUUGAUGUUGUUCCCAUGGAAGAAUUUCGGGGCGUUCAACCUUUCUUGUGUAUGCAGGAUGAUCAAUUUGGAGUGAAUUGGUCAGGAAACGAGUCCCUUCCUUACAGUGGAAUGCAGUUUCCUAAAAUGAAUCCUCGACCUUUUAAUCAAAUUCUUCCUGAGGAUGUUACCAGUCGUCAACAUGAAAUACCUCAACAGAUGAUGUUACAACAGCCCUUUUUCUCUAAUUCUGUUAUGUACGAUCCUCCACAGUGAAUUUGGAGCAACAGGUCGAUAAUAAAAGAGUUGAAUGGCUGAUAGUGCAAGGGAUUGAGGCAUUGACCUAAAUAAAAAUAAGGACUUAUUACUAGUCUAUAUUCUAAGAACUGAAGGUGUCAUAUAACCAGCGCCUAUUAUUAAUGCAUAAAUUGGGGUGGUUGCUGUCAUAUGAUACUAACUUUUGAACUUACUAUUCGACUUUUCUUUUUAAUAU